AUGGGUGGCGAUCUCAACUUGAAGAAGUCAUGGCACCCCAACCUCCUCAAGAAUCAGCGCAGGGUCUACGAUGAGGAAAAGAAAGCUCUGGAAGAGCGCAAGCAAAUCGACAAGCUUAUCCGUGAGCGCCAAGAGGAGCGUCAGAUUGAAGAACUACAGAAACUGCAAGAAACAGCUGGAGGACAGCGAAAGCAAAACAGGGUGGAAUGGAUGUACAGUGGUGCGCCAGCAGGAGAUGGAGGAGGAUCCCGGCCGGCCGAAGAGAUGGAAGGGUUUCUGCUGGGAAAAAGACGCAUCGAUACACUGCUGAAAUCGGAUGCAAAGAAAGCUGUUGAGCCACAGAAGGAUCUU